AUGGAAAUCAAAAGAAUCAACUAUCCAUUAUUAGAAAUUUUAUUGAUAAUUAUUUUUGGACAAUUUGCCACCGGUGCUCCUAUUCUUGAAAUUGAAAAUUCCACGAAGCUCUCCAACACAUAUGAAAAUAAAGUCAAACUUUCUACAGACUAUGAUUCUACAAUGAGUGAAUCUCAAAUACGAUCAAUUGAGCUUCCGUCAAUUGAACUUCCAUCAAUAGAACUUCCGUCAAUUAACAUUACGUCAUUUGAUCUUUCAUCAAUUAAAUUUGAAGAUGUCAAAAUUGUUCUAAUCGUUAUCGGAAUUAUUGGAAUAUUGGUUAUUCUAUAUUGUAUGCCUGUCAUUAUUACCACUAUUAUUCGUGCGAUAGGAUUUGGUAUUGUAGGAAUAGCGAAAGGGAGUUAUGCUGCCGCAGUUAUGGCUAGUUAUGGAGGAUAUGUCUUCAUUAAAAGCCUUUGCGCUGUACUACAGAGUGCUGGUGCUUUAGGGAUAGUAAAAUUCAAAGAGCUAUUUAUACUAUUGGGUCGAGUCUCGAUGAUAUUUUUACGUACGAUAUUUUGUUGCUCGCAAAAGUAG